AUGUCACGGAAAAUUAUAAUUAAGGAUCCCAAUCUACAAGUCCAAAGUUGGACGCGAUGCAAGCUUCCAAUCGAUGUACCCUUGCCGGAAACUGUAUCGAAAAAUCGUAUUGAAGAUCUUCCAGAAAUCUGGCAUGAAUCACUGACUGGUCUCAUGAACGCUCCGGGUUUCUUGAGUUCCAGGUGUGCUCGAAAUACUGUGAGUCUCCAAGAGGUGCUUUUCGCUAUCGAAUGGGGGGAUGAUGCCUCGUUCAAAGCGUUUCUGGAAUCUCCAGCUUAUCCGCUAUAUCUACGUGGAUUUGGGAUUCAUGACUCACAUAUCCCGAAUGCUAUGGUUUUCCUCUUUCCCUCCUUCGAUGUGUGUACAUUCAGCCCUGGAGCCCGGGUGACGGUAUUUACCUAUAGCUUUGCGCAUCCAGCUAUUGAACAAAAUCGGCAAGACAUGAUGCAUGCGCAAGGACUUCGUGUUCGCAGAAGAAUUGGGAAGUUGGGAAUUCACUGUCAACGUGCGUGGAUUCGAGAGCCGCAGCUGGGAGAUGAUGGGCAAUUGGUGGAGAACGGAGUGGUAUUACAGGCUUGGCCUAAUACAGAGCCACCAGUAUAUUUUGAAGCUGUGGAUCAAGAUGAGUAUUCGAGAGAGAACUUGAGAAAACAGGUUAGGAGGAUCAAUCCUAUAAAUAUGGAGGAGAUAACAUGGAGUGUAGCGAAAAAUGAAGAUGAAAAUGAAAAUGAAUAUGAAAAUGAGGAUGCGGAUGAGGAUGAGGAGGAUUGGGAAGAGCUAGAUGAGGAAAAUUAG